GCUUCCCCGCAUAUAGAUACAAGGGUUGAGCAACGUGGACUGGGAUGUUUUUACAUAUUUUACGCAUUCCAAGGGCUGCACACGAAAUCGUAACCCAUUGUAGAAAAUAGAGGGAUAUAAGUUCGAAUUAUUGUCCGAAAAAAAAAAAUCUUAAGAAAAAUUUCACUCACAGUUGAGGUCAAUGAAAGGCUUGGGUCUUUGUCCUGGGCAUUUGACGACAAUGUCCCCGUCUUCAAAACAUUUUUUUUCUCUGUGGGUUGAAGUGUUACUUUAUUUGAUAUGAGGCACCAUCGCAUGCAGAUUCAAUGGCAUGUACAUAAAUAUUGAUAAAUAAGAAAAGGUGUGUUUCUAGCGUUUUGUCCAAAGAAAAUAAACACUGAAUAGGGUAUCCAAUCAGUUCAUGCAUAUCGUGAUACACUAAUAACGACAAAUCGAGUGAUUCAUCAUGUGCUACAGCGGUUACACUAUGUUUAAUAGUAUAAAGCUAAAAACAUUCAGGAACAUAAUAAUUUGGUCAAUAAAAGAGCUGACAGAUCUGACACCUAGCCGCCUGUACUGAAUGCAUGGUCUGCUGUCGUGCAAACGGUGGCAGGGUGGCGAACGGUGCCGAUUGCUCGAUAAGGUGUCUCCGGUAGCUGUAUCACAUCUUUCCUGCCUUCGUUAUCCGGUUUCGUAUGAAAGUGGAAGUGACCUCGGUUGAUUUUGAAAAGAGCGGCGCGUGUUUGCGUAACGGGCGUGACCGGGCGGUCGGGUGGCCUGGACCCGUCGGCGGAUUGUGCAGACCCCGCGCGGCGCGCCGAUUACUUCACACUGGACUGCAGUUACAUUCGGCCGCGCCAGAACUUCACACAGUAUUUAAGCACCGGACGCCGAGAGGAGGGCAUCAUUUUCUGCAGCAACAUGAACUCGUUUACGGUAGCUCUGUGCGUCUUCCUCGUCGCCCCGCAGCUGACGCUGGCUACCUUCGGUGGCGGCGGCGGCGGCGGCCACAAGGGCAAGGGAGGCGGCGGCGGCGAGAAGUACGUCCGCGUCAUCAGCACGUACGGAACCUACGGCAAGCACGGCGGCUACGGCGGCUACGGCCACGGAGGCGGCUACGCCCAGGGCUACGGCUACGGCCAUGGUGGCGGAGGCCACGGCGGCUACGGCCUGAGCGGAGGCCACGGCGGAUACGGCGUGAGCCACGGCGGCUAUGGCCAGAAGGGCUACGGCCACGGACACUCUCACACUGUGGUGAUUGAAUCGCACAGCGGCGGCGGCGGCGGCGGCAAGGGCAAGGGCAAGGGUGGCCACAAGGGCAAGGGCGGCGGCGGCGGCGGCGGCGAGUACGAGUUCAUCCCUGCGCAGUGGCUGUUCCCGAAGUACGUGCACCACUACGUGCCGGUCCCGGUCUACGGCGGCUACGGCGCCGGACACGGCGGAUUCGCCGGACACGGUGGAUAUGGUGGCCAUGGUGCCUACUAAGAAGUUGAGCUCCUGUCCACCCGAGAGUGCUAGAGUUAUCAAAGAGAGUGCUACUGCGCGUCACCUAGUCAGUGAACGUUGUCUUGUUUCCGUCACGAGAGCAAAUACUCGCGUGGUUUGUUUUGUUGGAUAUAAUAAGACGCUUCAAUAGUUAUGUUUUGUUAUGUUCAACCUAUGCCACUGAAUUACUUCAAAUGCAAUAAAUAAUGAAGUAAAA